GCACCACAUGUUCGCUCCACAAGCCGUCGUGUUCCUCCUUUAGCACAUCUCGUUUGCCUCGAUGCCCUUUCCGAACCCAUCGCCUCAUGGCCGCUCUCAAUUCUCUCCUCGCUCCACACUCCCUCCCAUCCAAAACCCCUCGCUCUUUCCCAUCUCCUCUUUACCCUUCAUUCCAAUAUUCGGUACUCCGUCUCUCCUCCUCGAUCAAGAACGCUAGACUCCACUGCCAUGCCUCCGCCUCCUCCUCGGCCGCGGCGGUGGUGACCGAAGCGGAACCAGAUGCCGCCGGUGAGGGGGAGAAGUUCGACUGGUUCGCCCACUGGUACCCCGUCGCCCCCAUCUGCGACCUCGACAAGCGGCGGCCGCACGCGAAGACUGUGAUGGGACUGGACCUCGUCGUGUGGUGGGACCGGACGAAGGGGCGAUGGCAGGUGUUCGACGACCGCUGCCCCCACCGAUUGGCCCCGCUUUCAGAGGGCCGCAUCGACCCGUCGGGCCGCCUGCAGUGCGUGUACCAUGGCUGGUGCUUCGACGGCAGCGGCAGCUGCAAGUACAUCCCCCAGGCGCCGGACGAUGGGCCUCCGGUUCAUACAUUCAGGAAGGCUUGUGCUUCUGUUUAUCCAAGUUUUGAACAGAAUAAGAUUUUGUGGUUCUGGCCAAGCACAGAUCCUCAGUGCAAAGACAUCGCAGUGAAAGCAAAGCCUCCAUAUAUUGAAGAGUUAGAUGAUCCAUCAUACACUUCUACAAUGGGAAUGAGAGAUCUUCUAUAUGGGUAUGAAGUUCUGAUAGAGAACCUCAUGGACCCGGCUCACGUUCCAUAUGCACACCAUGGAAUAAUGAGAAUCCCAAAAAGUCUGACUAGCAGAGUUAAUGGUGACAGAGAAGGAGGCAGCCCUAUUGAUAUAAGAAUUGAGACAUCAAACAUAAAUGGUUUCCUUGCACAGCGGGAUAUUGGCUAUAACAAAUUUAUAGCACCAUGUGUAUUUUAUUCUGCACCUCAUCGUCUAAUGUCAGGGAAUGGAUCUGCUUCAUCAUCAGAUGUCCAAGGGGGUUCUGCACUGAAGACACUCCAGAAGCAACGUAGAUUUCUUCUGAUUUUUAUGUGUAUUCCAGUUAGUCCAGGAAGAAGCAGAUUGAUUUAUGUCUUCCCAAGAAACUUUGCAGUUUGGGUUGAUCAAGUUGUUCCACGAUGGAUAUUUCACGUAGGCCAGAAUCUUAUUCUUGAUUCCGACCUCUAUCUUCUUCAUGUAGAGGAGCGGAAGUUUGCCAAAGCUGGUUAUUCUAAUUGGCCAAAGGUCUGUUUUGUACCUACAAAGUCAGAUGCUAUGGUUGUUGCCUUCAGAAAUUGGUUAAGGAAAUAUUCAAACAAUCAGAUCAAUUGGGGAACCACAUCUAGUGAACAACUUCUGCCUACUCCUCCAAGAGAGCAACUUAUGGACAGAUAUUGGUCCCAUGUCGUCCAAUGCAGUAGCUGUCGUGAUGCUUUAAAAGUUCUGAAGGCCCUUAAGUUAUCUCUGCAGAUUAUCUCAAUAGCUUCUGUAGGAAUUGUCGCAGCCCUUAAUCAGAGCAUGAUAUCGACCAUUACAAGGACUGUGAUUGUCUCGACGGCAGUUAUAUGCUUCCUUGCUUCCAAGUGGCUCUCUGUUUUCAUCUACAAGAACUUCUAUUAUCAUGAUUAUGAUCAUGCUUUCAGAUGAGGAAUAGGGAUCUGCUUUUCUCAGUGUGAAUAAAUCAACAUGCUUCUGGUCUGUUUGUCAAUAUCCUUUCUUCUGAGAUUUAUGUAAAAAAGGUCAAUGGCUAUGAACAGACAUACAAGAUCACAUAUCAUAUGAUUCGCUAUGCAGUUCUUCCAUUCCGCAGAUGCAAAAUAGCAGUAAGUCCAAACUAUUUGGGUCAACUAGAGAAAUUUUACAGUAUUGAUCAGGAUUAUUUGCAGUUUCUGGAUACAUACAAUUUUCAUUAUAAUUGUAAAACAAUGUUUCCAUUCACUCAGUGCUCCUCGCUGUGCUUGCCAUA